AGCUCCAGUCUGUACCGUUCCCUGCUCCCUGUUCCCUCCUAACACCAGAUCAUUAAUAUUUGGACGCUUUUGUUGUGAAUGUGGAUUAAAUGGCGACGUGGAUGAUUUUGUGUUUUUUAUACACUGUGUGCUGCACUGAUAUAAUCCAGGCUGAAGCUGAUGGACGAGAGCAGCAAACAUUACAAAGGCAGAAAAGGGAGUGGAUUUACCCUCCAAGGAAGCUGAAGGAGAACAAGGAUUAUACUCAGGAGCUAUUCAUUGCUAAAAUCCGAUCUGAUCAUGAGACCAGGAACAACAUUAUUUACUCAUUGAUAGGACAUGGAGCAAAUCAAGAACCAGUAAAUCUCUUCACCGUGGACAGAACGACGGGAUUAGUCAAGAUCAAUGGCAUCCUGGACAGAGAGAAAAUUCCUUUUUACUACCUCAAAGGCCGAGCCAAGCUUUCUGAUGGCACCAUUGUUGAGAAGGACAUCGAAUUAAAUGUCAAAGUUGAAGACGAGAACGACUGUCCACCCGUGUUUUACAGUCAGCCAACAGGUUACGUUGAAGAACUCAGUCCGAAAGGCCACUAUGUGAUCAACAUCACAGCAACUGACGACGAUGAACCAAAUACAGCUCAUACACAGAUUUCCUACAAGAUUGUCAAGCAGAUUCCAGCAGGAACCCAGAUGUUUCACAUCAACGAUAAUACAGGACGUAUUUACGUUACAAUGAACACCCUGGACAGAGAGGUACAAGACAGGUACACGCUGAUAAUCACUGGUACAGAUAUGAAUGGAAGGUCCGGACCGACCAUUCAGGCCAACACAGGAACGGGCACCGUGUAUAUCAACAUUGUUGAUGUCAAUGACAACGUCCCUGUGCUGGAAAAGGAGUCUUAUGAAGCCAAAGUGACAGAAAACAGAGCAAACGUGGAAAUUCUCCGGAUCAAGACCACAGACGCCGAUCUUAUCCACACAGAAAACUGGGAGGCUGUUUAUACCAUCGUCUCUGGGAAUGAGGCCGGUUACUUCAAUAUUACCACGAACCCCGAAACCAAUGAGGGUAUCCUGAUGGUUGUCAAGGAACUUGACUACGAGCAGCAGAAAAUUGCCAAUCUGAAAGUGGUGGUUUCUAACAAAGCGAAAUAUCACUCAUCUGUGGUGGUCAAAGAGGCUAAAAGCUACCCCAUCAAGGUCAACGUGGUAAAUGUGCCUGAAGGUCCUCGUUUCCAACCCAGUGUCAAAGUCGUCUCCAUAUCUGAGGACAAGUCCACUAUUAACCUGAGGAAGGUUGUCGCCACCUACACAGCCAUAGACAGCGAUACAGGUCUAACUGCUACUGGCGUCAGGUAUGUUAAAGGACAAGAUUUCGACAACUGGUUGAGCAUUGAUGAGAAAACAGCCGAGAUCAGGCUUAAUAAGUAUCCGGACCGUGAGUCCACAUUCCUGGUCAAUGGGACGUAUUACGCUAAAAUACUCUGCAUCACCAAUGAUUUUCCAGCCAAAACUGCGACCGGCACUAUUGCAAUUCAAGUGGAGGAUCAUAACGACCACUGUCCCGUCCUGACCAGCCCAAGCCAAACUAUAUGCGAUGGCGACAACGUAGUGUACGUGACGGCUAAAGAUGUGGAUCAUUACCCUAAUGCAGAACCUUUUACAUUUAAAGUGCUCAGCAAUAACACCAAGCAGAAGUGGGACGUUGAGCAAAUCAAUGGAACGACAGUGAUUCUGCGCAACCCGAAUGUCCCGUGGCCUGGACAUUACACAGUGGGUCUAGUAGUGGAGGACCAGCAAGGAAAGUCCUGCGCUCAGAACCUGCAGGUUGUUGUGUGUACCUGCACCAAGGAGCGGCUGUGCAACCCCCAGAGGCUGGUCAACAAAGGCUCUGUAUUUGGAGGAAUUGGAAUAUUAGCCAUGCUGCUGGGAUUGUUGCUUCUCCUAUUGAUUCCUCUGCUGCUGCUGUUCUGUAUGUGUGGAGGAGCUGCAGGAGUCGGUGCUUUCAAGGCUUUUCCCUUCGACCAUAAACAGCAGCUCAUAACCUACCACACUGAAGGCCAAGGAGAGGAUAAGUCAUUAGGAGCGCUGCAGUUUGCUGAACAUAAAGACCUUCUGGGCAGUGGAAAAUGGGACAGUGCGUGGGAAUCUCGAGAAGAUGUCAUAAAAAAGUCGGGAUGGGAAACUCAAGAGUACCAGAAAAAGGAAAACCAUGGCUUUGGGGGAAUGUAUGGCGGCGAAUACGUUCAUGGUGAGCACGGCGGCACUUUAAUCGGGGGACAUUCUGAAUUCUGGAAUCAAAACGACGGGCUUGCGCUGUCCGAGGCCUUCCUAGGAAGCUACUACUCAAAGAAGGUGGCAUACAUGAAGCAGCAGCAAGCUGAAGACGACUUAUUGUUGCAGUACGAGUAUGAAGGCCGUAACUCUCCCUCAGGCACCUUGGAGAACAUUUGUGACGACAUGCAGGAGGAGGAAAACAGCCUGGCCUUCCUCGACGACCUCGGGCCUCAGUUCAAGACGCUGGCCAAGCUCUGCUCCGGCUCCAGCUUUGACCAUGAAGUCAAAUCCACCUCUGAGCUUUCACAAACGGUCUCAUCCGGCUAUCGAGAGGGGGUUAAAGCAGAAGGUGUGGCCAAAAGCUCCGCCUCCAUCUCAGCUUCUGCCUCCGGCUCCGCGUCCACCACCCAGAUAACUACUGCAGACUACGGACAGACCAGCAGCGGCGCAUCAUCAUCAGGCUCCCAUAUGCAAACCCUGCUUCUUCAGCAGCCGACCGUCUACCUUUCCUCCGCCCCGGUGUACAUGGUAGAGCCGCAGCCUCAACCCACUCUGCUCCUGGCGACCGGACCAAUGCUGGGCCUCCAGGAGAGCAACGUGAUCCUGUUGGAAAACGCUGGCACCAACAUGGCAAUCACAGACCAGAACACCCUUCGUAGGCUGGGCCUACAGCAUGGACAGACCAACUUACAGGUGGUGCAGGGCGGCUCAGCCUCGUUGCAGGGCAUCUCCGGUGUCUCUCAGGCUCAGGGUGGCAUCUCCAGCAGCGUUCGGAUUGUCAAGAGCGACCGAGUGCAGAACGUCGAGCCGGUUCAGGUCGUUCACAGCUCCUCACACUCCAGCAUCAGCAAGGGUCAGAGCAUGCAGACCGGCGAGCAACGCGGAGGCUUUCCUACAUUAGGGGACGCAUCAGGGAUAUCUGGCACCCUCACCCUGAUGCAGCACGAUGUGCCACAGAUUACUGUGCCACCUGAUGGCACUCACCAAAUGGUGCGAGAGGAGAUAAUUUCUGUGGUUGAGAAAAGCUUCCAGUCCACUUCUGCGACCUAAUGUAACCCCAAACUCACAUGCUACAUGCAUACAGCAAUUUUCAUGAAGUCAACAACAACAAAUAUUUCUUAAAAGCUACAUUUUUGUAAUUGGUCAGAAGGGGUUAUUGGAUGGCAAGAACGGUGCAACGAUAACUGACCAUCAUUGGUCAACUGUUUAAUACUAAACAUAUCAGUGGGUUUCAUGCCAUGUCAAAAAGGCUUAGAGCGACAGUCAUGUAGAACAGCAACAUGAACAUAAAUGGCAUGACCAGAGCUAGCGUUCAGUAUUUUAUACAGUCAGAAGCUAGCAGUCUGUUAAAGCUAAAUGCACUAAUUAAAUAGAUGUUAAAUUUUAAAUAAAACAAAAAGAAAUGUGUUAGUAUUAUAUGAUCAGCACUCGCCUUCCUUUACACCGAUCAGCCAUAACAUUAAAACUGUUCAUUUUA